CUCCGGCUCUCCGGGCACGGGCAGGGAGAGAGAGUCGCAGGCAGAGGUAAGCCAGAGACGGUACGCUGUGGGGCUGUAGCUACGGUGUCAGCGGCAAGUAUGAGAGGAGACAAGUUUACGAGCUGAAGCUGGCUGAUUGACAGCCUCUGUCGCAUUCUGUGGAGGGACCACUCAUACCGGCGGACGUCAAGAAGUCGCGGUGUAGUCUGUGCGACUGAAACACCCCACAACUAAAACAUUAAAAACAACUGGUGGACACACGGGGUUUGUGGAUAGACAUUGGCAGCGGCGGCAGGAGCAGGGAGAGAGUGUGAGUGCUUUGGCGGCGGUCCCGCUGCUAGAGAAACAUGAACAAAAACCACCGAGUGCCGAGCAGCCGUUCUCUGAAUGCAGUGGAGGUGAAGAGCAAGUUUGGUGCAGAGUUUCGUCGGUUCUCUCUGGAUCGGUCCAAGCCAGGCCGCUUCGACGAGUUCUACGGUCUCCUGCAGCAUGUGCAUCGCAUCCCCAACGUGGAGCUGUUGGUGGGCUAUGCUGACGUGCACGGUGACCUGCUGCCCAUCAACAAUGACGACAAUUACCACAAGGCCAUCUCCACAGCUAACCCUCUACUCAGGCUGUUCCUCCAGAGGAAAGAGGAAGCUGAUCAUGGAACAUUUGGUACCGAUUCCCUGACCAGGAAGAAGAACACUGUGCUUUCUGCGGUUCUUUUGCGGCCUGAUCACAACAAGAAAAAACCUCCAGUCAUCAUCAGCCUCCCUAAAGACUUCCGGCCUGUAUCGUCCAUCAUCGACGUCGACAUCCUCCCGGAGACGCACCGACGUGUUCGUCUGUACAAGCACGGCCAGGAAAAACCACUGGGUUUCUACAUCCGCGAUGGCUCCAGUGUACGGGUCACCCCACAGGGCUUGGAGAAAGUCCCAGGAAUAUUCAUCUCUCGCUUGGUGCCAGGCGGGCUUGCGGAAAGCACCGGCCUACUGGCGGUUAACGACGAAGUGCUGGAAGUGAACGGUAUCGAGGUUGGUGGGAAGUCGCUGGAUCAGGUGACGGACAUGAUGAUCGCCAACAGCCACAACCUCAUCAUCACUGUAAAGCCUGCCAACCAGCGGAACAAUAUCGUUCGUAGUGGAGUAGGCGGAGGAGGAGGCGCAGCAUCUGGUAGUUCAGGACGCUCAUCAGACAGCAGCGCCAGCUACUACGGCUACUCGUCACACAGUGCUGCAGCCUCUAUACCACCACACAUCAUCCAGAACUUCCCCGUCGGGGAGUUGGAGAGCGAUGAAGAUGAAGAGGACUUGGUAAUCGAGGCAGGAGGCGAGGCUGAGCCAAUCAGACAUAUGGCCUCCAACCACAGCAUGAGCUCAUUGCCUCGUUACGAACCACACCUCAACCUCCGCACCGCUACCACUUCCACCUUCUCCAUUAACACCAAUGGAACCCUGCCCACCAGCGGCAGCAGCAGUUCCCUAAGCAACAUCAAGGCUACCACGCCGUCCCCAGACAGAGCCAUGGAGAGGGGGAGUUUGGAGGAGGACGGUACUGUUAUAACGCUGUAGACUGGACAUUCUGGACAUUUCACACACUACACACUGGAGAACAGAGAAAUAAACACUCUUGUACUUUAACACACAUUUGGAGGGUUGGUGGAGAAAUCAAAUAAAACCCAGGAACGUACAGUUCCAUCUCACAGUGACUAAACCUGAGAAGCACAAACAUACGUCUGCGUAUUACAUCUCGACCUACUAAAGAUUUGUCCUUUCACAUCAAACACUACACCCCCAUACUUUGCUCUUCUGAAUGCCAAUGACCACAUAUUUGUGCCAUAGCAAUGACAGCCCCCAUUUCUGGUUCUGCAGGCAUAAAAACAACAACAACAAAAAACUGAAAGUGUCCACUGUCUCUGUUUUUUCUAAACGCACCUUUUUUUUUUAUCCCAUAACUGUUAUUGCGCCGAACUUCCUUUAGCAGGCAGAGAUAGGAAGCCCAUCCUCACAUAUUUCCUCUUUUAAGUUGCGCUAACAAGUUAAUAUCACUCGUAAAGCAAAAACACUCUGUUUUUGUUUUUUCUUUUUGUCUUGUCACUCUACUCACAGCAUGAGUGCAGAAUUUUUCCUCACAAGGCAGUAGCACAGCAAACAACUAGAUGCUGGGCUCUGAAAAAAAAUAUAUAUAUAUAUAUA